AUGACGCCGGGACGACAAGUGCAAACGACCAUCAACUACUUUGAUGACCCUGGGGUGCCUUUGGUGCCCAUGAUCAUUGGAGGUCCGACUCCUGGAAAGCCCCAGCCCAAGGUUGCCAUCCCUACAACCAUCACCGAUGUCACCGGGAAGGAGGACGAGUUCACGCUUGAUGUCCAAGGCUUUCACUAUGUGAAGCACGAAAGUCAAGUAACCAACUGGGAUGACGAUGAGGAGAUCAAGCGAGUGAACUAUCCUGAGAUGGAGAAGCUAUGCUGGAAAGUGCUGCAGGAGACCGAUGACCUCCCCAAACCCUCCGAGGUGCACAUCUUGACGCACAUCAUCCGCCGCGGUCCCAAGGAUAACGAGGGUCCUAAGGGCCCGGCACCGCUGUACGGUGUCCAUGUCGACCAGUCGUUUAAUGCAGCUGAGGGAGUCGCCCAAAGAUGGCUUGGCGACAGAGCCGCAGACCUUCUCAAGAAGCCGCGUUACCAAAUCAUCAACAUGUGGCGCCCAAUUCGUCCCAUCACUCGGGAUCCUUUCGCCGUCUCUGACGCGCGGUCCAUCCCCGACUCAGACCUGGUCUUCGUGCCCGUGCGCUUCCCGGAUCACGAUACGGAGGCUGUUGAGGUGCGGCCGCCGACGGACUCUCCUCACAAGUGGUACUUCAAGGACAAGCAACACACCGAUGAUGUGCUCUUCUUCAAGCAGGUUGACUCGAGCAAGAAGCCUGGAGUUCCUAGGAGAGUUCCUCACUGCGCAUUCAAGGACACUGAGCUUCCCGAAGGAGAGGGAGAACCGAGAGUGAGUAUCGAGGUUAGAGCGUUUGUGUUUUACGACGAAGAAUGA